UUGCUGACUCGCUUCCGAGACAAACGCUCUCUCUCUCUCUCUCUCUCUCUCUCUACACUCACUCUCACACUCUCCCCCUUUCUCUCUCUAACCUUCGCUGCUUCACUCUCUAUCUCCACAGAGAACACACUGCCCCGAGCGAAUUCAGAAACCCUCGACGCUCCACUUCCCUUCGCAUUUCCAGCUGAAAUCAUUGUGGCAGGAGCCCAGAUCUGCCCCCUCAUUCAGUCUAUAUGCCCUGCCAGUGAUCGCCUUCCCAAUGUCGAGCUCCGACCCGAAAGCCCGCCCCAAGCCCGGCCCUUGGCCGCCGGCGCCGGAGUCCUCCGCAAUGCCGCUGUCCACCUGGGCCAAGCGGACCGGGUUCCGCCCCAAGUUCUCCGGCGAGGCCAAUGCCGGCGACUCCGGCCAGAUGUCUCAGCCUCCCAGGCCCCGCGAGCCCGAUAACCAGCCCGAUCUCGAGGCUGGCCGGGCUCGGCCGCAGCCUCAGCCACAACCUCAGCCUGCUCCAGUAGUUGUGAACGGUCAGGCGGGGGGUGACAAGCCUGCUGCCGCGCUCCCGCCGCCUCCCACGGCAAAUAAGGAGAAGGAUCAGCCUGUGAAGAAGAGGAGAGACUCCGACGGAGGAGCGCCGAAGAGCUCGAGCCCUGGAGCGAACCGAAGGGCAGCUCCUAGCUCAAAUGAGCAGCCGCCACCUCCCCGAAGGCCGUCAAGGAACGGGGAGGUUGUUGACGUGGUAAACCAGUCCACAGUGGACGAAGAUGGGUUUAUGGGAAGACCUUCGAAUAUGAAGUACGAGCUCAGGGAUUCACCCGGUUUAGUUCCCGUUGGUUUCUUUGGGUUCCAGCACUAUCUUUCAAUGCUGGGUUCUUUGGUGCUUAUUCCCCUCGUUAUAGUUCCAGCGAUGGGUGGCAAACAUGAGGAUGUGGCAGCAGUUGUAUCCACAGUGCUCUUUGUUUCUGGAUUAACCACUCUAUUGCAUACAUUUUUCGGGUCAAGGUUGCCCCUGAUACAGGGCCCAUCCUUUGUGUACCUUGCUCCUGUCCUGGCGAUAAUCAACUCACCGGAAUUUCAAGGCUUGAAGGGAAAUAGUUUUAAACAUAUCAUGAAAGAGAUACAAGGAGCUGUCAUCAUUGCUUCAGCCUUUCAAGCAAUACUAGGAUACAGUGGACUUAUGGGACUGCUUCUAAGGUUUAUCAAUCCAGUGGUGGUAUCCCCGACCAUUGCUGCUGUUGGUCUUUCAUUUUAUAGUUAUGGGUUUCCUCUGGUAGGGAACUGCCUUGAGAUUGGAAUAGUGCAGAUAUUACUGGUUAUCGUAUUUUCACUUUAUCUUCGUAAGAUAUCAAUUUUUGGUCAUCGUGUAUUUUUAAUCUAUGCGGUUCCAUUGGGCCUCGCUAUCUCAUGGGCUGCUGCUUUUCUUCUGACUGAAGCGGGUCUUUAUAACUACAAAGGCUGUGAUAUAAAUAUACCAGCCUCAAAUAUUGUAUCUGAGCACUGCAGAAAGCAUAUUUCCAGGAUGAAGUACUGUCGUGUGGAUACUUCUCAAGCAUUGAAAGCUUCUCCAUGGUUUAGGUUUCCUUAUCCAUUACAAUGGGGCACCCCAGUAUUUCACUGGAAACUGGCCAUAGUUAUGUGUGUUGUGUCCUUGAUAGCAUCUGUAGAUUCGGUCGGUUCAUACCACGCAUCGGCCCUGUUGGUGGCAUCGAGACCUCCAACACCUGGUGUUCUCAGUCGAGGGAUCGGGCUCGAGGGUCUUUCGAGCAUACUUGCCGGUCUCUGGGGCACAGGGACGGGAUCAUCAACCCUGACUGAGAAUGUUCAUACUAUUGCUGUCACUAAAGUGGGAAGCCGAAGAGCAGUAGAAGUUGGUGCAUGUGUUUUGAUACUUCUAUCUCUUGUAGGCAAAAUAGGAGGGUUUAUCGCCUCAAUACCCCAAGUCAUGGUGGCUGCUCUACUUUGCUUCAUGUGGGCCAUGCUUACUGCACUAGGCCUCUCUAAUUUACGCUACAGCGAAGCCGGGAGCUCCCGGAACAUAAUCAUAGUUGGACUCUCCCUGUUUUUCUCCCUCUCAAUACCAGCCUACUUCCAGCAGUAUGGGAUCUCACCUAACAGCAAUCUGUCAGCACCGAGUUAUUUUCAGCCAUAUAUCGUAGCAUCUCAUGGACCUUUCCGCACCCCGUAUCGUGGAUUGAACUAUGUUAUGAACACACUGCUCUCACUACACAUGGUGAUCGCAUUCCUCGUGGCUUUUAUGCUUGAUAAUACUGUCCCGGGUAGCAAGCAAGAACGAGGGGUCUAUGUCUGGUCCGAGCAUGAGGUGGCGAGGAGGGAACCUGCAGUUGCAAAGGACUAUGAGCUGCCCUUCAGAGUCAGCAAGUUCUUCAGAUGGGUCAAAUGGGUCGGCCUCUGAGAAAUGAUGAAUGGCCUUUUUGGACUCUUCUCAUGCAAACCGUUCUUCCAGGGAGGUGAUUUCGUGCCGGAAAGGAAUCUUAAAGACCCGAGGGCCCCCAUUAAACCUCAUGCAAGGUAAGGGAGCGAUUAUGAUAUUUAUGGUUCUUUUCCCACUCGCAAAGAGAGAAUCUUAAAUCUUCUUGGGCAGUAGGUGGUAAUUUCUGGGGCGAGUUAUUCUGUACAUCCGAGGCUUCAGUCGGUACCGAUUUCGCGUUGUAACUUCUAGCUUAAAAUUUAAAUUAUAAAGGGGAAAGUGUACGUAGGUUUUUUUGGGGAUAUUUUGGCCUUGAUCCGUUUGUGUAUAUCCUUUCUUCACUUUCUUGUUAAGAAUUGUUUUUAUAUGUAGAAUCUUUGCCUUCGGAUUUCUCAGUGGAAACAGAGUUUAUUACUGCUAAA